AUGCUUUCCGCCUCAGCGCACGCGGCACACGCCGUGCGCUCCUCAUCACCAUUGAACCCGCGCUCCUCGUCCCCGCCACCCUCCUCGCCGACGCCAGGCGGCUACUCGAGCCCGGCGCGCCUGCCCCUCUUUGGGCGAAGCAACACCACUCCCCUCUCAGCACGAUACAGGACGACGCCGAGCUCGUCGCUGGCAUCCCGCCGCCCCGGCCCUGGGGGCCGGAUGCCGUCCUCGCCUGGCGACUUUUUCAGCGGUGACACGACCCCGACCGAGUCGGCAAUGUGGCGCGACAAGUUUGCCCGCCGCCUGGCCGACAGCCAGCGCAGGCGUAGUGCGCGCGACGCGGAGAUUGCGCGCAGGCGAGGCACAGAGCCGCCCCCAGAUCUCGAUGAUCCGGACGCGGAGCAGCGCGCGAUGCAGGAGGACGAGGAGGUGAGUACCCGAGGGUGGCCCGCAGGGCAGCCCGAGGCUAAGCUGGGCUGA